AUGUCUGAAAAUAUUUUAAAACAGUUUAUAUUUCAAGUGAUUGCAGCAAAUAAAUUUUCAAUACAAAUUGAUGAGUCAAUUGAUAUUCAAAAUAACGCACAAUUGAUUGAAAAUUUUUGUGAAGAAUUUUUAUUUUGUGAGCCUUUUCUAACAACGGCAACUGGCUUAGAUAUUUUUAAAAAAGUUGAUGAUUUUUUUCGGAAAAAUAAUCUAGUUUGGAGUAAUUACGUUGGAAUCUGUUCUGACGGUGCACCGGCAAUGCUUGGAAAUCGAAUAGGAUUUUGUAAACGAGUGAAGGAAGUUAAUCUUAAUGUUUUAAUUAUUCAUUGUUUUUUACACAGAGAAAAUUUGGCUACCAAAAAAAUUCAGCCAGAACUUUAUUCAGUGCUACAAGAUGUAAUUCAAAUAGUCAAUUUCAUAAAAGCAAGAGCAUUAAACUCAAGAAUAUUCCAUGCCAUGUGUGAUGAGAUGGGAUUACAGUAUGUAAAUUUACUUUAUCAUUCGGAUGUUCGUUGGCUUUCUCGUGGAAAAAUUCUUUCCCGUGUUAUGUAUUUGCGUUUAGAAAUACACAUUUUUCUAACGGAAAAAAACCACGCAUUUGUUGAUAAUUUCAAUGACGAGUCGUGGGUUGCUAAAUUGGCUUUUUUAAGUGAUAUUUUUGGAUGGUUAAAUUAA